UCCAGAGAGCAGGAAGCAGUCCAUGUGCUGCAUUUGUGCUACUGAUGUUGUUUAGACUAGAGCAUAUGAGUCUUUACAGAAGACAUGUGAAGUACUUCACCAUAUGUAAUCAUGAUAACACCGGCGUUUGAACUGAGUCAAGAUGCUGAUUUCCUUACUGUGGUUAUUCGUGUACCCUACACCAGAACAUCUGAGUUUGACAUCUACAUCCAGGGGGAAGAUUUUAAGUUCUAUGCCAAGCCCUACUUUCUCAGAUUGACUCUUCCUGGGAGAAUAGUAGAAGAUGGCUGGGAAAAAGCUUCAUUCGAUAUCGAUAAAGGCCUCUUCAUGCUGCAUGUCCCUAAAGAGACGGCCGGAGAACACUUUGAGGGUUUGGAGAUGCUCACCAGUCUCUUGGCUCCUAAGGGAUCAAGGUCAGCCAAACAACUGGUAGAGGACACAGAGGCCUGUGGUGGAGGAUGUGAGGAGGAAGAUGAAGAGGAGGAGUUUGAUUGGCAGAUAGAACAGGAGGUUUACACUGAAACCCCAGCAGAGACGCUGAAAGAAUACCACAAGUAUGGCUUUGGAAACCUUAGGUCUGGAGUCUUCGCCAGACUGCAAGAGGAACUGAAUGAGGUGAUUGACUUGAAGGAUCCUGACAAUACUGCUCCUGAGCUCAGGAGACACAAUCGACUAGAAGCAGAGACCACAAUAUUCUGUGCCGACCAUUACAUGGUGAACUUGUAUGAGGACAAGGAGGAGAUCAGAAACCUGCUGAAGUUUAAACCGAGGUGGAGAGAACUGAGCCCGGACCCUUCAGUGCACUCCGACACCUCAAUAACUUUCACAGAAGAAGAAAAAGAGCAGAUGAGGAAAUUCACAAACCGUUCGUACUUGCUGGAUAAGAAAGCACGCUUCCACAUCUGGCUCGGUUUGGUGGACAUCAUUCUCGCGUAUGUCUAUGAUGUGCGCACUACAGAAGGAGAGCACAAUGUAGAGUCAGCCUGGACCAUCAGGAAGCUCAGCGGUACUCUCAGCUGGCUGGAGACAUAUCACUCGGUUCAAGACGUGCUGGUGUCUUGCGGCAGGAGGACUUUGUGCUACCCGCUCUAUCGGCACUUCUCCCUGAUCACAAGAGCUGUGAAAGACGUUGCUUGCAUUUUUCAGUCUGGUGAGUUCUGUCUCUCUUUCUUUACUUUCCGGUUAAGCCCAGACCUUUUAGCCAUUUCCAAGCCACCAUGGGAUCAACGCUGCUCUCCUGCUAGGAAUCCCUGUCCGCCGGCGGUCCAGGACAUCAUUAGGCCUGCACGGUCCAAGCAUGUGCUUGAGCUGGCUGAAUCCUUACAUAAUGCCAAACUGCAGAAGAACCAUCUAGACCUGGAGCUGGAGAUACUCGAACAAGCUGCUGAACUUGCGGCGAAGGAGGAAGCAGAUGAAGAAGAAGUAGAGGAGGAGGAUGACUCAAGCAGUGAUAGUGACUCUGAGGAUGAGGAAGAGAGUGAGGAAGAGCAGCCUGAAGAAAAGAUGGAAAAUAACCAGACGGUUGAAACCCUGGUCAGCUAUGAGGUUCUGAAGGAAGAUGCCAUGACUGAAUCUUCCCUCCAACGUUGUGGUGGAGAGCCGCGAGAGCCCAGGCAGUUGAUUGAGGAGCUGGGAGAGAGGCUGGAGGCGGGGCUGACGAUUCAGGAGGGUGGGCCUCAGGGAAGACACGAUUACCAUCAGUGGGCAGCUGAGACUGUAAGAGACGCCAUGAAAGCAGCAGCCAGUAGAGAGCUACUUGAUGCGUGCCUUCAGAGGAAUCCACUGCGUAUCAUAAGCAAUGAUGAACUGGACAGUGACGAUGAUGGAAACUCUGGUAGCUGUUCAAGUGAGGAGCAGCUUGGACGAAAUGCUGUUUUAGGCCAUGUGUUCCUGUUGGCUGUCUACCCUGUUCACUCUCUGACAGAGUCUGUCUGA